AUGGGAGACAACCUCUGGCUCGGCCUACGUGCCCAAGACCCAUGGAGGGCCCUGCGCCCAGCCCAGAGCCCCAGAGCCUGCAGACCCCACGCCGACUGUGGGAAUCAAGGAUUUAGGAGAAAAGCUCAGACGCCGUGGCUGACUCCUACCACUGACCACGACGUACCAGCGCAGCGAGACGAGGGCGCAGUACACUGGCUCUCCCGAUCGGGACGCGCGAGUCUCCGAAUACGUAGGCCCAGCCCCCACAACGCCCAGACCACCUCCACGGGGGGCCUUCCCAGUAUCCGACCGGGGCGUCCUGGACCGCCGCCAGCUCUAUCUGACCACCUCCCCGGCCCGGGACUUUCGGUUCUAUCCCAAGAUUCAGCUGUAUCCUCACCAUCCUGCCCUGCUCCCACAGGAGCUGUCCGGAUACCCCCUCAAGGACUCCCUGACCUACUGGAGCUUCGAAGGGACUCCCUAACUCUGGGGUCACGACCCGCAGCGGCCGCCCCUCUUCUCCAGGCCACCCUUUCCUAG